UCGUUGAGACAUGGCGGAGCUUAUUGGGUUGCGAGCGAAGGUUGGAAGAGUGACGCUACUUUUUAACUGUUUUCUUCGGUAAUUUAAAAUGCUAUAACGCAAGGUAAAAGUUUAAGUGUAAAUGAAACCUCUUUAUUUGCUUUGACUCCGAAAACUGGCAAGAUGUAAAACUUCUGCAACGAGAAAACGCCUGUUGACUGGCUAAAGUCAAUAGUCUUGGGUACCAAAUAUGGCUACUUGUGUCUGUUCAUAUGAUGAAAAGAUGAAAAGUUACUUUACUUGGCCGUUCACUACAAUGACCUCGGUUCCGAUAGUUUUAUAGUGUCCUCUGGACCAAGGUGAGGAAGUUCCUUUUGUGCGUAUUCUUUUUUUUGUGCGAGUCCUCGGACGAGACGAUUGCGGAAUCUCGUUAGCUAACAGCGAUGGAUCCGAAGCACAAAGCACUGUUAAAUCAGUGGCACCAAACCUUGCUGGAGUCAAUCUCAGACGUGGAUCGGCUUAUAGAGGUUUUAGCUGCAGGCGGCAGCGUGAGCCAAGCGGAGCGCUAUGAACUGGAGAACUGCUCCACUCGCGCGGAGAAAGUGGACCGCCUGCUCAAGACGCUGGUGGGUAAAGAGAAAGACCACUUCCAAGAUCUCUGCGCAGCUCUGGAGAAAAGCCACCCUCGCCUUUCCGACACUCUUUUCGCUAACGGGGCUGGACCUGUAGAGAACCUCACAGGGUCCACAUAUGGUGUGCUCUCCACCAUGCCGUCAGACUCCGAGAGCAGCAGCUCCCUCAGCAGCCUUGCCUCGUCACCAUCUCCUGCCCAUGUGGAGAAGCCCGUGGUAAGUGAGAAGUUGGAUGCUGUGGUCCUGCAGCUAAGGCAGGUGACCCGGGAGAGAGAUGAACUACGAAAACGACUUGCCCUCUCCUCACCUGGAACCACCUUUGACGACUGCAGACCCAGUGUAAAAGCAGCCCACGAUUACGAGCGUUUGAAGUUGCAGUGCAUGAAGGCCAUGGCCGAUCUGCAAACCCUGCAGACUCAGCACACACACACCCUGAAGAGGUGCCAGGAGGCCAUGAAGGAGGCUGACUUCUACCAUACGCUACAUGGCCGUGCCUUGGGUGAGCAGGCGGGGCUGAGGGCGGAGCUGGAGGUGCUUCGGCGAGAUUACACACAACUGCUGGACACCUGCGAAGACUUGCGGCGUGUCCACGACGUCGAUCAGAAAGAGGUGGCUGACAUGAGGCUGCAGCACCAACAAAUGCUGAGGGACACCAGCUCCUCAGACGUGGUCAACAAGCUUUACGAUGCAGCGAUGGAGAAGUUGGAGGCUCUCAGAAAAGAGUACGACAGCCUGCGCAGCCGCUAUGGUGAGGAAACGGCUAGCCACAACGCUGAUGCCAGCCGCCUGCAGCAGCUUGAGGAGGAGAACAGCAGACUCCAGAGACAGCUGGACACACUGCUCAAACAGAGAGAGGCCAGCACUCCCUACCCACAGCAGCACACUGUCAAGCGGGCAGAGGUAGUGCAGCAGGAGCUCAGUAAGGUGUGUUCGCAGAACGUGGACCUGCAGAGGGAGGUGGAGCGUCUACAAUCGGAAAGCACGCGUUAUAAGAGUCUGCAGCUGCGGGCAGUGCAGGAGGGGCAGCGUGUACGGGAAGAGCGCGACUCUGUGCUCAGCGAGUACCGCCUGGUGAUGAGCGAGCGCGAUCAGGUCAUUAAGGAGGUGGAGCGGCUGCAGACAGACCUGGAGGCCACCGAGGCCAAGCUGAAGAGCACCGGCAGCGAGAGGAGGGAGGCUGUGGAACAGCUGGAAGCUCUCCGCCAGGAACUAGGUGUGGCGCUGUUGGAUCGGGACCGGGCCAUAUGUGAACGGACGGAGCUGUUGGAGCGCUAUAGCCAUGAGGUGCAGCACAAGGCGGAGACACAAAAGGAGCUCUCACAGGCCUGCAAGGACAUUGAGACGGCGCGCGAGGAAAGGGAUGUGGCCCGCAAGGAGAGAACUGAAGCCAUCAUCCAGAGGGACCAGCUCCUCUGUGACUAUUACCAGGCCAAACAGGAGCAAGAUAGUGCCACAGUGGAUAUGGAACGGGUGUCCAAGGAGAUCGACAUGUUGAGAAAGCAGUGUGAGACUGUGACUCAGGAGCUUAAGGAGGCUGUGCAGGAGGCUGAGGUGGCCAAGUGCCGGCGGGACUGGGCCUUCCAGGAGAGAGACAAGAUCGUAGCUGAGAGAGAGAGCAUUCGGACAUUGUGCGAUAAUCUAAGGAGAGAGAGAGACCGUGCGGUGAGUGAUUUGGCAGAUGCCUUGCGUAACCUUGAUGAUAUGCGCAAGCGCAAGAAUGAGUUAUCACGAGAGUUGAAGGAGUUAAAGGAACGUUUAGAGGAAGAGCGGGAUAAGAAGGCACGUUAUCAGCAACUAAUGGCUCAUAAUUCGCACGACUCUGCCAUCGACACAGACUCUCUGGAGUGGGAGACUGAGGUGGUGGAGCUGGAGCGAGUGAGUGAGGACAUGGAUCUGAAGGCUCUGGGAUUUGACGUGGCAGAGGGGGUAAAUGAUCCGUAUUUACCUGGAGAUUGUGGUGUAUUUGUGACCAAGGUGGACAAAGGAAGUGUGGCAGAUGGCAGGCUACGAGUGAACGAUUGGCUGUUGAAGAUAAAUGAUGUUGACUUGGCCAAUAAGGACAAGAAGCAAGUGUUGAAGGCAGUGCUCAGUGGGGGUGGCGUCAUCAACAUGGUAGUCAGGAGGAGGCGGUCUCUUGGAGGAAGGAUGGUCACACCAAUUCAUCUCAAUCUCAGUGGGAGUAAAGUGGACAGUGGAAUUGUGCUGGAGGGUGGUGUGUUUGUUGCCUCUGUCUCUGCCAGGGGUCCAGCUGCACGGGAGACCUCUCUCUGUCCAGGGGACAGGCUGAUUGCCAUUAAUGGGAUUGCUGUGGAUAAUAAGUCUCUGAGUGAGUGUGAAGCAUUGUUGAAGAGCUGUAGGGAGUCUCUGUCUCUCUCAGUUAUAAAGAGUGCAUGUGGUGUAACUCUGGGAGAGAGUGUGCGAGAAUAUGAACGUGGCUGUAACGUCAAAGUGCCCCCUCUGGAGGCACACAUGCGUAACUACAGGGACCAGUUGGUCAGCAGUACCAGUGAGAUCCAGAGCAGCCAUCAGGGGGCACCCUGCUCUACAGAGCCUUUCCACGAACAUUUCUUCCAGCGGCCAGACCCUGCCAAACGACCCCUUACGUUUCACCCUAUUGUCUCUGGUGACUGCCUCACUAUGGAAACAGUGCUGGAAAGGGGAGGUGUGCCUCAGAAGCUCAGUGGAGGCACCUGGCCCAAGAUAAUAGCAACGCUGGACAAUACUUCGCCCCUUUCCAUACUUAAGACUAAGAAACGCAAGUCCAUUUUUGACUCUGAUUUGUACAGACAGCCAGACACGUCAACAAAGCUAGAAUAUGUCUCUUUGGCUCAUAUGCCCAAACACUCCACACAAAGCUCCAGGCCAGAGGGGUCACCACAGAGCCCACCUGAGCCACCCAAACGCAGUGACUCUUUCAAAUUUAAACACAAUCAACAAGGAAGCUCUGCCUCUGACUCCACCAUUACUACUGCAACACCUCCUGCCACACCCGUACAAACCACGCCCUCUCUCACACCUGGUGGGAGGUCCGACCUGGGUGUUCAAGGUCUCGAUAGAAAUGGGAACUUGCUUCAGCUGCAAAAUGUAGGUGACAUUAGGCCAACCACCCCAAGGAGUUCAUGUGAUGAGGAAGUGACACGACAGGGGGCGGAUGAGUUGGAGAUGAGGAAGGCAAGGCUGAAUUCUGCCCCCAGCCGACGUGCCCUGACACCACUGCAGAUUCCCAUACCAUUAAAGACACCUGAGGAUGCAUGUGCAGAAGCCGCUGAUGUUCUGCGUCUCUGCCCUGACCACUCACAGAAGCAAAGUAUGAACGCCUUUCUCCUAGGACACCACCCAUCUACGGCCACACCCGCAUACCCCCCAUCCAGAGGUCUGUCUCCCUGUCUUGCAUUUACAACUGUGAUGAGGAAACCAGUGUACACAGCUUGGAGCCACUGGAUCAACGCCACCAGCUCCCCUGGUCCUGCUGCUGUGCAUCAGCGCACGCACCCCAAUGCGCAGCAUCAGGGUCGUCGGAGUUUGGAUCUGAGCCAUAACGGUUCAAGUGAACUCUCUGACCCGCCACGCAAUAGAGUUCAGCACAACACCCACUCACUGCCCUCAAGCGCGAGGCAAGGUUUGUCUCAGUAUCCAGCUGAACGGAUAAAAAUCCCCAAUACGCUUCGCUACACCCGCUCCAGCCAGGGUUCAGACAGGGGUCAGAAUCCAUCGCCUUACAUUCGUUCAGGCACAUGUUCCCACUCUGAGGGCAGCAGCCCAAGUCUUGUGACUCCACCCCUCUCUCCUCUCAGUCUGGAUGCUUCCUCGUUUACCAGUAACCAAUCACAGAGCUCCCUCUCCUCCCAGCCCAGGCUCUCAGUCAGCCCUGCACUAACAGGAGACCAGUGGAAGGAAAGUCCUUCAGGUCAGGUGGAAUACUGGCUCGCUCUCACGUCUUCUAUGUGUGGCUGUGUUUCAGCCCCUCCCCUCCAUUUGAGCUCUUCCCCCCUCCCCCAGCUCCUCCCUUCCCUUUCCUGUCUCUGCUCCAUUCGUUCCACCAGACCUCAGUUCCAUAACGGGCCCUACGGGAAGCUUCCUCGAGCUGCCCGUGUGAGGUUCUGCUCUCUACGGAACCUGAGACCAUACAUUGAAGAGCCCCGUUGUGUCACCAUCCCCAAGGGGGUGGAGCCUCUUGGCAUUUCCAUUGUGGGUGGGGAGAAUGGUGGAAUCUUUGUUUCCAAGGUUACAGGAGGCAGCAUUGCUCAGCGGCACCAUCUAGAGUUUGGAGAUCAGCUGCUGGAGUUUAAUGGUAUUAACCUGCGGAAUGCUACGGAGCAGCAGGCACGUCUCAUCAUUGGUCAGCAGUGUGACAUCAUUACUAUACUGGCCCAGUACAAUCCACACAUGUACCAACCAGGGAACCACUCGCACUGCAGCUCCAGGAUGGAGUCAGUGAGUGCCCGCUCUACACCUGUGGGAAGCGACGGAGGUACACCUGACGCCUGCUCCACUGUCGAUGCUCUUGGGGAACAGGAGGAGAGAACCCCCACGCCUCCAUCCAAACACCCCACCCCCACGCCCACCACUCGCAGCUCACUCUGGGGCUGCAGUGAGGGUGGGAGACAGGUGGACCCAAGGCAGGUGACUGUGAGGAAGACUCAGGUGGAUCUGGGGGUGAAGAUCUGUGGAGGGAAUCUCAGUGGGAUCUAUGUGGAGAGUCUGGAGGAGGAGAGUCCUGCAGGGUGCGCCGAUGGCCUGCAACCUGGAGACCUUAUACUGGAGCUGUGCUCAGUGAGCAUGAGGAGGAAGACAGCAGAGGAGGCCUAUAUGGAGAUGCUGAAGCCAGCAGAGACUGUUACUUUCAGAGUGCAAAAGCGCCCUGACGACUGGAGGCGCAUCAGAAACACACCUGGUGACGGUUUCUACGUCAGAGCACUGUAUGAUCGCAUGGGUGAGUCCGAGCAGGAACUGAACUUUAAGAAAGACGACAUCCUCUAUGUGGACGAUACACUACCCAAUGGAAAUUUCGGCUACUGGUUGGCGUGGCAACUGGACGAGAACGGGCAGAAACUAUGCAGGGGGCAGGUGCCCAGCAAAUACAUGUUGGAGCACUACCCUCGCCGCUGCAGUGGAACUGAAGGGAAGGAUGAUGAGGGGAAGACGGUGUCUGCGGCUGCGCGUCGCUCGUUUUUCCGACGGAAACACAAGCACAAACGCAGCGGCUCUAGAGAUGGAAAGGACGGACCCGCCCCCGACUCCAUCAGCACAGACUCCAUACCAUACACGGAGGAAUGUGUAAGCCUUGCCUAUCAGCAAGUGCAGAAGGUUGAGACGACUAGUCGUAGGCCAGUGUUGAUCUUGGGGCCCCUGGUUGAGCCAAUUAAAGACAUGCUGGUCAGAGAGGCUCCUGGGAAAUACUGCCGCUGCCUCCUGGAGGUGAUGAAGGCGUCACAGCAGGCAAUCGAGCGAGGAGUGAAAGAUUGUCUGUUUAUCGACUACAAGCGUAGGAGCGGCCAUUUUGAUGUCACCACUGUUGCAUCUAUUAAAGAAAUCAUAGAAAAGGACUGUCACUGUCUGAUUGACAUUGCUCCUAAUGCCAUCGAGCGGCUGCACAGUGUCAGCAUUUAUCCCAUCAUCAUUUUCAUUCGCUACAAAAACGCCAAACAGAUCAAAGAGCAGAAAGACCCAGUGUACCUGCGAGAUAAAGUGUCACAGAAACAUUCCAAGGAGCAGUUUGAAGCAGCACAGAAAAUGGAGCAGGAGUAUAGCAAAUACUUCACAGGUAUGGUGCAGGGAGGAUCGCUGUCCUCCAUCUGCACGCAGGUGAUGGCCAUAGUGGAGCAGGAGCAGACCAAAGCCCUGUGGCUGCCUGAUGCAUCAGUAUAACACUACAAUUACAGCCCUAACUAAUACUACAGCUCCCAUUCUACUAGACUACAACUCCUCACUUCUCUAAAGCUGUAUGGUAACAGAUGUUCACAAAUCAAAUCAGCACAAAGCUCUACACAGCAAUAAUACAAAACACUACUGCUUCACAAAGCCCUCCUGUACAUCCCAUUUAACACUCUAACUUUGGUCAGGAGACAGGUACAAUGAGGGUACAAAUGAAGUCUAUUUUGAGUGAACAACAUGGCACUAAAUCCACUAGAUUUGCUCUGUAGUUUGUACUGUGGUAAUGUUGACAUAUAAUGGCUCUGAUUUCUGCUUUGGUCUUUAACACAGUAACAAUUAGAACAUUGUAGAGAUGUUGCAGCAGACACUUUCAUAGACACUAUAUUUAUUACACUCAUUACACUUUUACUCAAAUGUUUAUUGUACUUGUCUACUCCACUCACUCUGGGGUGUGUUCCAAAUCACAAUCAGUUAGACACCCUGUGAUAGUCUGGGCACUGCCCCCAAUUACACCCAGCUGCAGGAAUGGUGGCAGGGCCAGAGCUGUGUCAGGUACUUACAAUGCAAGGACAGCCAAUGGUUUUUAUUUUUUAAAACUCCCAAACCUAUAUUUUAGUUUUACCCCUAUUCAGUACUUAAAGAAGACAUCUCUAUUUGUAGCAGUUCUUUGUUUAUAUUUUAUCUUAUACUUGUGGUGUCUUACUUUUUUCUUAUUUAAGUGAAAAAUUAUGCAUCCAGAGCAUCUUGCUCAAAUAUGCAUCCAUGCUCUUUGUUACAUUGUCCUGUUUACUGAUUUUUUUUUUUUUUUUUUAAAUUUAAGAACAUUUUCUAAUCCAUCUCAAUUGAAUUGCUAGCAUGGCUUUAAUUCCAGGCCUCUUUUUCAGUGUGCCAAAUUCUCUUCAAAGCUUUCCAUUGCUGUUUUGUGGGAGGAAUCGCAGUUAAAAUUGAAUAUGGUACAUAAAAAAACAGUAAAUAAAAGCAAACCUGUGAAAUUGCA